AUGUCUAGUCCACUUCCCAAGGACUUCCACGGUCCCCCACGUGCGGCCUCCUUUGAUCUAUCUAAUACCAGCGGACCCUCGUCGAUAGCACGAACCCCGAAUAGAAAGCCUGUGGCCUCCGGUUUAUCAAAGCAAGAUGGUGUAUCGGUUAAUUCCACCCCUACGACGCAAAAUUCUAUUCAGCAGUCGCCCCCAAACCCGGCUAGGACCGAUGAUUCAACGCCUGGAUCUGAAAGUCCGGAUGAUGAACAGAGGUUAUCCAGCCAUCUUCCAUCUGGUCAACAGAGCCCUACACUUGGUAAGCUAGGCCACAUCCGCCAGUCGUCUAAUCCGUCCCCGGGACGUCCACCUCAGCCCGGUCAAGUAACUCCUCAAUCAAUCGGAAGUGCACAGUUCUCUCCCCAGGGGCCCCAACCUUCGCAGGAUCGGCAGAUACCAAACCAAUUGCACGGGAACUCUCAAGGUAGGUUCUCGGCUGAUGGUGGUUCUCCACAUGAUUCGCGGCAGAACUCACCUUGGAGUCCUAAUGUCACCUUCGUUGAUCAACCACGUGCAGGGUAUCUACGAAGACCGCUAGCUACAACUCAUGAUCAAAGCCGAAGCACCCUAGAGAAGUUUUUCGGUGUCGAUAACGGUAUCGAUUCCGAAGUUGGUAGUAUUAAUUCGGUAAAACCAAUAAAGGAGCCGAAAGAAAAGAAUGCUGCAGCAAGACUCCUAGACGCCUUUAGGAGAACCAAUAAACCCGAAUCUCAAAAGUUUCCCACCGGUCGUCAAACCCCUCCAGCACCACGACCAGGUCAACAAGCAAAUGCGGCAAACGCACCGCGGCAGUCUCUCAACGCCCCCCCACGUGGACCCCUUAGCCCGGUCAGUAACCAACAGCCACCGCCUCAAGGAGCACCAGGCGCUGUCCGACAGCAGCCCCCGAUGAUGCACGGAGCUGGACGUGGGCAAGAACCUCGGUAUGACCUAGUUCCUAUUCCUCGUGGUUAUGAGGCUGUACAUGGUUAUGGCCACGCGGGUAUGAUGGCCCCCUCUCCUUACAACAUCGGACGCCCCGGCCCGCCGCCACCAAAUCAACAAUUUCAGGCCUUUCCACCUCUUGGUGUACCGCGUGGUCCUCCGCAAGGGUUUCCGCAGCAGUGGGAUCCCCGAAAUGGUCCUAUCCCACAACCUAUUCCAUAUGGCCCAUUACCUCCUCAUCUGCAGCCAAACCACCAGGGUCCUCCACAGCAGUUCCCACAAAGACAAGCCGACUCACAAUCUACCACACCUACACCGUCCGACCAGGGUACUUUCUUAGAUAUGGCACCAACCCCACCACCUCAAAAGCCCCGUGAAGACACUGGAUACGAUCCCCAACCAGCUCAGGGUGUUCCGUCCCGUGCUAUCGGCGGCCCGUCGUUCCAGCAACCACAAAUCCGGCUUCAGUCCAACCUCCAACAAGUUCAGAACCCAGAAACCCAAACUCCUUCGAGUUCUAACUGGGGUAGCGCCCCGGACAGCGCUCGAACAGCGCAGUCUCCUAGACAACCAGGUCCUCAAAUACCUAACGGUAGUCUCCACUCCAAACCGUCGGAUCCGAAUGUAUCUCCUCCAAGUGACAAUGACGAUACACAACGAUCGCCUAAUCAACAUAUUGCUACAGCCAUGAUAAAAGGUGCACACAUGCACCCUCCGGUACUUCAACCCGGUGCUCCGCAAAACGGACUUCCACCCAAUGCGGCCCGUUCCUUUUCUCCUUCGACUACAUCGACAAGGGUUCCCGGUUUCCCCAAUCAGAACCAGUACCAGAACCAAAACCAGAGUCCACCUCCAAUCCAGGAACCUGUAAACCAACCAACGCCCAACGGCGCGGGUCAUCUCGUAAGCAAGAUGUCGAUAACUAACCUCAACGAGCCGCCUAAAAACACAUCGCUCAGUCCCGACAUCAAUGCGAUCCGUGCUACGAACGUCAGCCCAGAACCCUCUGCUCCGCCGAGGUCAUCUCCGUACCAUCAGGUAUCGAACACCAGCUUGAAUAUCAAUGUUGAUCGUGCGAACGAUCCCAAGGAAAAUAGCGGAGGGGAGGACGAUAUUUACGAUGCUACGCCUAGAUUAAAUAGCACUGCACAGAGCCAAGGCCAGCCUCAACCCCCAGUUCAGGAACCAGUCCACGUACACGAGAAUACAAAGUACGCCGGCUCAGAGAAGAGUCGCACGGGUCUCACCAACGGCGGAAUCGCAGCUACCGGUGCUGGAAUUGCUGCCGGCGCAGUCGGCGUUGCAGUUGCAGCAGACGCGAGCAGCAUUCAGGAUUCCUUGCCAGAGGAUCCAUCACCGCCGCAACGGCCAAUCGCAAUGAAUAUACCUGCGGAGCCUGAGGAGAAGAUUGCGGUGGACCAUCCUGUAGAGCUCCCCGCCGUCAAUGUCGACGACGACGACGGUAUACCCGUGAUGACGGCGACGUCGUACCCUGGACAGGAGUGGAAUCCGUACGAGGCUGGGGAAUUUGGAGACUUCGAUAUGUAA